AAAUACGCAAUUUCAUUGCCACCGAUCGCCGGUAAUUGCGUAUUUGCAUUUAUUUGUUGUGACACAUUAUGACACUGACACAGUGACAGGUAUUGAAAAUAAUUGAAAAUGUUAAAUGAACGAGUUCAACAUAUUUUAUUUGAUUAAAAUUUUCGAGUUGACUUUUGAAUUACUAAAUCCCGUUUCAAGCAGUUAUCAAAAAUGGCUAGCACUAUAAUUGUGGCUGGAAUAGGUAUGGCCGCUGUUGGCUUUGCUGGGAGAUAUCUCUUAAAACAAAUGCCCAAUGCUUCUAUGAAAUUUGCUGAGGCCGUAAAAAAUUUGCCAAAAUUUGAUACAGAAAGUUUAGCAAAUUCCAAGUACUAUAAAGGUGGUUUCGAACCUAAAAUGACCAAAAGAGAAGCAGCUCUCAUAUUAGGAAUAAGUCCGACGGCUAGUAAAGCAAAGAUCAGGGAUGCUCACAGAAGAGUUAUGUUAUUAAAUCAUCCAGACCGAGGUGGUUCACCAUUGAUUGCAGCUAAAAUCAAUGAAGCAAAAGAUGUUCUAGAAAGUGGUAAAUCAUAAGCUUCCCUAAAGAUAUUUAGGUUGUAGAUCAAAGUACAGAAAAUAAUAUUUUAAGUAUAGAAAAAUGUUAAA